CCCAAUUUCUCUUUAACAAUGUCUAGAAGUUUCCCAUCAAAGUGGGGUUGGGAUGGAGAGGCGGAAGUUGAUGGAAAUCUCCGAGGCCCUGGCUUCCUCUGAAGUGGCCGCACUCUGCUUCUUGUGCCGUGAUGUUCUUAACUGCAGACAUCUCGAAGGAGUCAAUGACGCAAAGGUUCUGUUCAGUAGAUUGGAAGAAAGAGAUUGCCUGAAUCCUGAAUUUCUUCAUCAGUUACUGCGCACAAUCCGACGGAAUGAUCUCCUCAGCCUCUUAAAGGGGAACAGACAGAAUGUGGAGGAAACUGAUGCCAAUCCUAUCGGCAAGCUGUCAAAUUACAGGGUGAUGCUGUAUCAGAUAUAUGAUGAAACGACGAAAGAAGAUCUCCAAAAGAUGAAGUUUCUCUUAAACGACAAGAUUGGCAGGAGACAAAUGGAUGAAUGCAGUACGGCGCUGGACGUCUUUGUUGAAUUAGAAAAAGUGGGUUUGCUGUCUCAAUCAGAUCUACAAGCGCUGCAUUCAAUACUGAUGGAAGUGAAUCGACAGCUGGCAUCG